GUAGAAGAGUAGAAGUUCAAGAAGUAGAAGAUAGGGUACCCCCCGCCUUCUGCACUAAUCCACUCCGAACUUAGCCCAAGCCCAAACAACCUAACCCUUUACUUACUUCAAUCGCCUCACUCGACCGCUCAUUCCCAUUAUCUAUCGCUCUGUUCAGGAUUGUUCAUUCUGUUUGAUCUGGUUCUCUCAUCUAUUGAGUCGCAUUUCUCUGCUUGUCGGUCAAUUCAAUCCAGACCGAUUUUGCUGGUUUCCCCGCCUGUUUGUUGUUCGCUAGUCAUAAGUUGCUGGGUAUUCGAUCGAGAGACCCCUCCCCCUUUCCCCCCUCCGCGUACACAACUCUCCGCUCGUCUUCUACGCGUCCAGAUAAGGGAUUGAAUAGUUGAAUCAUAAGAAUGGCAUCUGGGCCUGCGACUCAAUCCUUAAAGUGUGUGGUGACCGGUGACGGUGCUGUCGGCAAGACAUGUCUCCUGAUAUCAUACACGACCAAUGCCUUUCCCGGCGAAUACAUUCCCACCGUCUUCGACAACUACUCCGCCAGCGUCAUGGUCGACGGUCGACCCAUCAGCCUCGGACUCUGGGAUACCGCCGGCCAAGAAGACUACGACCGUCUCCGCCCUUUAUCCUACCCUCAAACCGACGUUUUUCUAAUCUGCUUUUCCAUCGUUUCGCCACCCUCUUUUGACAACGUAAAAGCCAAAUGGUAUCCCGAAAUCGAACACCACGCCCCCGGCGUCCCCAUUAUUUUGGUCGGCACAAAGCUUGAUUUGAGGGAAGACAGAGCGACUGCCGAGGCGUUGAGGGCGAAGAAGAUGGAGCCCGUCUCGUAUGAGCAGGCGCUUGCGGUGGCCAAAGAGAUUAGGGCGCAUAAAUACCUAGAAUGCUCGGCGUUGACGCAGAGGAAUUUGAAGAGUGUGUUUGAUGAAGCUAUCCGUGCCGUCCUCAAUCCUCGCCCCCAACCCAAGAACAAGGCAAAACGAUGCGUCAUUCUGUAAUCCUUUCCUCCUUUCAUACUGAUCAUAUUUGUCCGAACUUCCCUGAUGUUCUUCUACUACGUAUAUGCUAAUUAUAUCCCCAUCGUUUUUUAUUUUGAAUUAUUUUUGUCAACACCUGUGAAUACAUAUACCGUUUAUGUCCUAACUGAAUGAUUGAUCUGAUCUAUGUAACUAACUGACUGAUUGUUUGUAUUGCGCGAGGCGUUCUGUUCUGUUCUAUUCUGCUGUUGAUUGAUAAUGAAUCAGUUGUCUUAGAUUGGAUAGAUAGUCACCUUUUUCCUUAUCCCGAAUAUCUUGAGACUUUUGUUUGCAUUUCGAUUGUACUCUUAAAAUUGGGCUAUUUGAUUUAAGACAUGAAUUUUAUU